AUGGCUUCCACAACCCCCGCCCACUGUGGUCUCGGCCACCCGAGUCCACCGCUGAAGACGUUCUCGGACUCUGGAGCCCCCGUUGGGAGCUCGAACUACACGACCUUGACACUGUUUCCUGUCGCUGCUCAACAUAACGCCCGCAUCAUAACCGUCAAUCGGCGCAACUACCCCGGCUCGGCCACAGAUACCGAGGAGGAUCUUGCGCUCCCCGCACGUGCCGCGCAAACUGCACCAGGGGACGCCGGCAUCGCCGCAGAUAUGUUGGACUUCUGGCGUGCUCGCGCGCACGAAAUCUUCGACUUCCUCGCUGACGGAGGAUUCAUCCCCAUCGGAUGGUCCUUCGGCUCACUGUGGACUGCGGCCCUCCUCGCGUUCCUUGAAGACUUCUCCGCGCCAGAUGUACAGCUGAGCAAGUCCCUCCGCCGGGUCAUCCUCUACGACGGCUCGCUCUUCUGCCUCGGCCAGCCGCUCCCUCCCUCGCCUCCACCGCAGCCGAUGAUCGACCCGGCCCCAAUGCGCCCCGAAGAGCGCCUCGCGAGGUUCGACGACUGGAUCACGAGCUACUUCCCCCACGCCCACCCCGCGACCCCGGAGAGCCUUCGCGCCGCGACCGCCGCGCCGCUCGCGCACCCGCCGCGCACGGACCCGGACAGCGCGCGGACGCGGCACACGCCCGUCCCGCACGAAGCCCCGCCGGCGGACCAGCUGCUCUUCCGCGCGACGGCGCCGCACGGGACCGCGGGCGCGAUGAAGGAACGGUGGCUCCACCGCGUUCCGGGGCAAGGAGCGGGCGGGGCGGACUGGCGGGGGCUCGAGACGUGGUUCGUGCUGUGCGAGAAGACGUACUGGGAGGCGGUGUGGGGCGCGCAUAUGAUGGGGCGCGAGAUCGCGGAGCGGCGCGAGAAGGGGGAGGAGGUGCGCGAGGUGCGGAUCCUCACGCUGAAGGGAGCGAACCACUUCGUGAGCACGGCCUGUGGAUAA